AUGAUUCCCAUCUAUUUUGACGAUCGUAUCCUUGGCUCCGAAGAUCUAAAACGCGUCUCACAGAUGUUUAUUUCCUAUGGCAAAACGGGAAAGAAUUACCAUGAGCAAGACUUGGGGUUCGUCACUCGUACGCAUGAUUCAAUCCAGUGCCUAUCGAAUCUCCCCCACAUCGCUCUUCUCCUCGACCUCAAUGUGAAACCAAAGCUUAACGUCACAUUCCUGGAAAAUGAGCCAAAUCUUGUUGAAACGGACCGAUGUCUGAGGGUCUACGCUUCUGGAAUAAGCAAAAUCACAUUUCCAUUCUUGAGCCAACAUCCCCAUUUUGCGAGAGGGCUGCGUAAGCUUGUCUCUCGGCAGAAGGAAGUGCUAUCCCAAACCACUCUCGAAGCCCUCGUCAAAUUUGGAAGUACUGCCAGACUACGCAACUUGCAGUGGGAAGCACAAGAUGCAUGA